ACCUCGUAUAAGCUUCACAGGCCUCAGCCUCAACAUGAUACGAAGCACACAAGAUGCACAGACUACGGCAAACGACUUUCGCGACCAGUGGACAAAUCCCAGCGAUAUCUUCUCGCUGCUGCUUCUCGUCGGCGGCGAUGUGAUUCAGAAGGCACUCGCGCAGUUCACCUUGAACCGCUUCCGGCCCAUGGCCUUUUCUUUUGGCUGGGUUGCAUAUGCCUUUAGCCAUCUGCUAUUUGCUGUUGGGAACCUCAAAGCUCUCCCGGACCCAGAUUGUCCUUGCACAAUCACCAGAGCUAGUUCAAUGCCCACUACCAGCGCCAAUCAAUCAUGGCUUCUGGGGAGGCUGGUUCGAAACCACGCGUACUGGAGCCUUCCAUUAAUCAAGGAUGCCCUAAAAUCGGGCAGAAUUUCAGACCAAGACGCCUCAAUGUAUCAACUCAUGGAACCCCCUACUCGUCUAAAGGGCCUUCAAAUCUUUGUAUACAAAUUCGUUCAAAGCUCUCCAAUUAACCGAUCUCUGAGCAAGGAUUGGCCAUGGUUUUCCGGCCUCAUCACCACUCUCAUCCAACUAGGUAUUGCUGCAAUUCCGGCAGGCCUUUAUGGCCAAUGGGAAAUAUUACUUAUUACUGCUGGAGGCACCGCAUUGGCCUACGCGACGGCCCAUUUCUCGGGAUAUAGCACGUUCCGUGGCGAUCGUACUCGUGCCAGCCGCAAAGUCUUCACCCUGACCGAAGGGAACGGAUCUAGAACUGCAAUUGUUUUCAUCAAAGACUCGGAUAUCGGUGUUGACCUAGAAUAUCUUACUCGGGUGGAGUUUACAGAAGGCAGUCAAAUUUUGAGGAUAACGAUGGCUUCUGUGCAACUAGUCUUCUGGGUUGCUCUUCUCAUCACUGUAUCUGGCCUCAAGACUCACACCUGGUUCAUGGUCGCCGUCGGUGCGUUAGGAAUGAUGCAGAACCUCGUCCUAGCUGGAGCUCCUCGCACGCCUGAAGCUUUAGGUAUACCCGUCCAACUUGAAGAAGUUGUGGGAUUGCAUAAGGUUAUGGAUACUCGGCUUGAACUUGAGGCCAAGGUUCCUUAUGCAGGCAAGGCCUUGCUACCCAUAUAUUUCCCUGGUAGACUACGGGAACAUGAGAUAGAGAGGUGGGAAGCAUUAGAGAGGGAGCAUGAAAGAGCCGCUUUCAUCUCAUGACCGCGAUUAGAUGGGCCUUAAAAUCUGCACCAUGGGAUAAACACAUAUUAAUAUAGUAAUCAGAAGAAAAAGGCGAUCAUGAAACUAUUGGGGAGCACUUACACGCUCGCUGAAUUAACCCCAGCGAUCACAAAUUAUUUGCAGGCACUUACCGACCUUCAUUACCAUAGAAGCGAGUCAACUAUGGCAAUUUACUUCUUUGCGCUCGCUAGGUUAGUUAGAUGACCGAUGGUCAAUACACCAUAGUGUUUGCAAUACAUCAAGAUAGAAUCCAAAU